CUAAUGUCCAAUAGAACCCCAAAGUAAAGUACACCAAUUGUUGAGAGAAGAAGAGUUCUUUUUUUUUCAAAGGUAUUUAAGGAGAAGAGUCGCAGUCGCAAAAAGACGAAUCGUAAUUGUUGAAGAGAGCAAAUAUGGCUUGGGAUUUGUUUUUAUGGAUAGUCUCCUUCUUCGUUAGCUUGGCUCUCGUCGCUUCCGUCUUCUACCAGGUUAUCUGCUUAACGGAUUUAGAAGCUGAUUACUUGAACCCUUUUGAAACAAGUACCCGUAUCAACCGAUUAGUAAUACCUGAGUUUAUCCUCCAAGGGUCACUCUGCCUUCUCUUCCUCCUCACAUGGCAUUGGGUCUUCUUUCUGGUCGCCGUCCCUGUAACAGUCUAUCACGCAAUGUUAUACAAAGAGCGACGUUAUCUCAUCGAUGUCACUGAAGUGUUCCGUGGUAUCAGCUUUGAAAAGAAGCUCCGGUAUACCAAGCUCGGGUUCUACGUCUUUCUCUUCAUCAUGGUUGUCUUUAGGCUCACUCUCUCUGCGGUCUAUAGCUUCACGGAAGAUGAUGAUCUACUUCAUUUGUUUUGAUUUAUGCGCUUGCGCUCUGCGUUAUCAACCACUCUCUCUUUAUUUUCUGAGUGUGUUUUAGAAAAUUGUGACAGGUUUUUAUUACGUCCCUGCUUAGAAUUAGCCAUUCAGGGAUUCAUCAUGUAGCUUUAUAUAACGUAUGAUUACCGAAAACUCAUCACAAAUCGUUUGACAUGGAGGGUUUCAUCAGUUUUGUUUUGCGCAAUAUAAUGUUCAGUCUCAUCAUUGAAGUCAUAAAAAUCAUGUAUCAAGAAUGAAGCUACAUUGUAUUACAUAGACUGGCUGUGGAAAAAC